UAAUAGGAUGAAUGGAUAUUGUGGCGAGCAGCAUCUGAUUACACAGACACGCCAGUAGGCACCGGAGGGGAGAAGACACUGUAACUGUUUAUCCACCAGCCGAAACUGUUCCUCAGUCCCCUCCGAAGAAGAAACCCUUUUUAUUUUUUAAAUUUCACUCAGGAACUUUACUUUUUAACCGAGGAGAGAAACACCGAAGCCACGGUUAUCUAGUGGUACAUUUUUCGGAUCUUCCCACCGUAUAAAUGGCUGAGGGGGACCGACGGGUGACUGCGGAGUAAACCUGAAAGAUGUCGCAGUUUGCGGAGGUUUGAAAGAGGACUAGCUAAACGCUGUGUUUUUUUAACGAGGGAAUCCACCAGGAGAGGCGGUCAGACCCGGAGAAGAGAGCGGCUGCAGCUCCGAGAGGAUUUUGGUUUGUUCCUCGGAGAGAAACAGGCCCGCGGAGACAAAGACUGUCUUCUGUUUGGACGUCUGUCCAUCUAUAUAUUCAUCUCUGAUAAGUCUUUUCUGUAGCCGCCACCAUUCUGUGCUGUAAGGCCGACCCCAAUAUGUCUUCCAAUGGAGACCUCAGCGACCUGGGGAGCUCUGACAGCUUCUGGGAGCCGGGAAACUACAAAAGGACGGUGAAGCGGAUAGACGAUGGCCACCGGCUGUGUAAUGAAAUAGUCAGUUGCUUCCAGGAGAGGGCAAAGAUAGAGAAGAGUUACUCUCUGCAGCUGAGCGACUGGGCCAAGAGGUGGAGGGGUGUCGUGGAGAAAGGUCCUCAGUAUGGUACGCUGGAGAAAGCGUGGCACGCCUUCAUGCAGGCGGCUGAUCGACUCAGUGAGCUGCAUCUGGAGAUGCGGGAACGGUUGGCGGGCGAGGACAGCGAGAAGGUGCGCAACUGGCAGAAGGAUGCCUUCCACAAGCAGAUGAUCGGAGGCUUCAGGGAGACCAAGGAUGCGGAUGACGGCUUCCGCAAAGCACAGAAACCCUGGGUCCGCAAACUGAAAGAGGUGGAGGUCUGUAAGAAGAGCUACCAUCAGGCCAGGAAGGAGGAGUGGACGGCGUUUACCAGGGAAACGCACGCCAAGGCUGACCCGACCAAGUCGCAGGAGGAAGUCCGCAAAUACACGACCCGGGCGGAGCGCUGCACCGAGGAGGCUGAGAAAGGGAAGGAGCGCUACACGAAGGCCCUGGAGGAGCUGAACCGCUGUAACCCUCGCUACAUGGAGGACAUGGAGCAGGUGUUUGACCUCACCCAGGAGGCCGAGCGCAAGAGGCUGCGCUUCUUUAAAGACGUCCUGCAGGACAUCCACACACACCUCGACCUGUCCGUCAAAGAAGGGUUCAAAGGCCUGCACCGGGACCUGGGUCAGACCAUCCAAGCAGCCAAUGACACCGAAGAUCUCAGAUGGUGGAGGAACACCCACGGACCGGGCAUGAGCAUGAACUGGCCACAGUUUGAGGAGUGGUCUCCGGAGGCGAGUCGCUCCAUCAGCAGGAAGGAGCGAGGCGGACACUCCGAGGACAGCGUGGUCACCCUCACCAACAUCGUCUCUUCGGGUGGAACUGAGGUCCCGCCGAGUCCCAUCACCCUGGACAGCAGGGUGAAAGAUUAUUCGUCGGACUGGUCAGACGAGGAGAUUCCUAAGAAGGUGCUGGCGCAGAACGGCGUGGGGGAGGCGGAGGACGAGGAGGAUCAGGUAGAAGCGGUGCGAGUCAGAGCGCUCUAUGAUUACGUGGGCCAGGAAGCCGAUGAGCUCAGCUUUAAAGCAGGCGAGGAGCUGCUGAAGAUGGGCGAGGAGGACGAGCAGGGCUGGUGUAAGGGACAGCUGAGCAACGGCAAAGUGGGCCUCUACCCCGCCAACUACGUCCAGGCUGUGGCGUCCUGAUGACCCGCCCUCUCUGUUGGUCACCCAGCCAAUGGUACAACUACAGUCAAGAUGCCAGGACCAAUCAAAAGCUAUUAGCGCUGACAUGUAGACAGUGAACCCAGAGCGUUUUUGGUGACGGACUGUAGAACUCGUCACGGAGUUAGAUUAUUUUUUGUUUUUUUCUGUUUUGAGCUGCGUUUUUGGAACUCAGCGAGUGGGAAAAGUCCACUCGUUGUGAAAGGCUGUUGACUCCGCAUGAGGUCAACGACAUUGUUGUUUUGAAAGAAGCUCUACGGGCGAAGGGAACAGACACUGUAGAGAAACAUGGACCCAAGUUCUCUGACGGGAUGUUUUAUCCAAACUCUGGAUUUUUGGUUUUCUGCUCGCUGCCAUCAUUCUUAGUUACUAGAGUCAGAAAAUCCACAUUUAAUCAAAGAGGACAAAAUGUAACUCCAAGGGUGCAUUUUUGGAAAGAAACACUGAUUACAAGGUUAAAACUGAUAGCUGACGUCAAACGAUGACGGGGUUGAAAAGGCUUUGAUUUUGUAACCUUUGGUUAGCCGGGCUAGCUGUUUCCAGUUUUUAUGCUAAGCUAAUCUAACCGGCUGUAGUCUUGUAUGAGAUAUGAUAGAGGUUUUGAUCUUCACAUGUCACUCUGGGCAGAAAAAGAAAGCAAGAAAGUGAACAAAGUUGUUUCCCAAAAUGUCAAACUAUUUUUACGAAAGCCUUUAGUAUUCUCAUCAUUGGAUAAAAUCAUCUUCUUGUGAGGGUGAAAAAAAAUAUUUGAAUAGAUAAUUUAUUUCCAGUAGAUGUUAGUGCAGUCUUUGAGCCAGCAUUUAGUGGUUGUUAGAGGAACUGCAGCUGGAUGAAUCGAACCGGUUUGGAAUCAAAAAGAUGAAAUAAAUCUAAAUAUAAUCAUAAUAAUAAUAAAUCUAAUAAAAGACUGUCAGUGCCUUAGUCAGCGAGGCCAGAAAUGUAGAAACCAGUAGAAUGUCCUGUUAAAAACCUUUUAACUUCUGACUGGAUCAUUUAGCUCCACAACGGUAUGCUUCGGUUACUUUUUUUAGGUGUGACACUGAAUUCACUUUCUUUCCUCUUAUUGAUUUUUUUUUUAAGUGAUAGCUGUAUGUUCGUAUUAAGUCAACUGAUUUUGAUUAUGGACGGUGUAAACUGCUACCCAUUUCUUUUUUAAGAAUAGCAUUUUUACAGUCGAUUUAUGUACUUUCUAAUUUAUUCUCCUCUUUAACUCAGCGAUCAUUCUUCAUGUUUAGGCAGACUACAGGCGGGGAGAGUACGGUUGACUGUUUAGAUUUGGGUCAUUUAACCUGCGGAAGGUGGUUUGUUGCUAGUUUUUCUUUCGGUGUGCUGCGAUCAUGAAGCACGCGCACCUCAAACAUCUGAAAUAAGUGAUCAUCAUUUUUCAGUGUUUUUUUUUUGUUUAAGUUUGUGGUUAGUGUGUGAGGGAGCCUCCUCUGUCUCUGCUGAGCAUCGCUUUAGCUAACCCACGUAUAAGUCUGAAUAAUAAGAGAGAUAAUAGAGAUGAUUAACGCUACUGUGCUGCUCCUUUAUUCUUUCCCUUUCUUUCCAGAAUUAUAACAUGUACAGAACAUAAAGUGGGAAGCAACAAUAAAGCGCUUUCUGCAGUUGGAGGUUUAACAGA